AUGCAGCCCAUUUUCUUCUUUAUUAUGCUGUUCUUUGGCCUCACACUCGCCGCUCCGAUUAUAACGACCUCAUACGAUUUAAGUGAUAAGAAAUAUGUUGUGCGCUCGGUGAGACCUAUUGCUCCUAUCACUGGGACGAUUGUUUUGCCAUAUUUUGUUGCUAAUGCAGAUAAGGAUGUGAAUGAACUCGAGGAUACAGAGGUAGUCGACACGCAGUCAAAUACUUCUGACGACCCACAAAAGAGUUUCUUGGAUGUGAGUCACAAUCUAAAGCGAUAA